AAGGUCAACGACCUUUUGUCGCUGCUCUGCAUCUUCUCUGCUCCAAUGGUAGACUGGCAUCUUCUCUGCAGUUCGAUCUUCUAUAUUAAAUCCAUCACAAAAAUGCUAUCAACGUGAGUUUUGGAGAUCUUAUAUCGAUCAGCUUAGUUUCAAUUCCUCCAGAUCAGUGCAAAAUCUGCCAUCAGUUGGUGUUGCCAAGCUUCUAUACAUCAUCGGAAGGCACAAAAUUUGUGGGUGUUUUGUCUUCCAUGGAGAAAAUACAACACAAGUUUGUUAAUGUUGGAGAGCUCAAAUUACAUGUUGCAGAGAUUGGAUCAGGUCCAGAUGUGCUGCUGCUGCAUGGAUUUCCUGAAAUCUGGUAUUCAUGGCGCCAUCAGAUGAUUGCCUUAGCAGAUGCAGGAUUUCAUGCAAUUGCACCUGACUUCAGGGGUUUUGGACUCUCUGAUCAGCCUUCUCAAAUUGAGAAUGCCAGCUUUGUGGAUCUGGUGGAAGACCUGGCAAACCUUGUGGAUGCCUUAGGUAUUCAGAAAGUAUUUGUUGUGGGUAAGGAUUUUGGAGCAGGGAUUGCAUAUUAUUUCUACCUCCUUCACCCUGAGCGAGUGAGAGGCAUUGUAACAUUGGGCGUACCUUAUAUUAGGCCUGGUCCACAAACCAUUCACUUGGAUUCCUUUCCUCAAGGAUUUUAUAUUAGACAUUGGCAGGAGCCUGGAAAAGGUUUGGCAGAUUUUGGGCGUUUUGAUGUAAAAGCAGUGGUAAGGAAUACAUAUACCCUUUUCUCUGGAAGUGAACUACCAGUAGCAGAGGAGGGUAAAGAGAUCAUGGACCUCUAUGACCCUGCAACUCCUCUGCCAUCUUGGUUUACUGAGGAUGACCUGAAAACAUACUCAAGCCUGUAUGAGAAAUCAGGUUUUGCUUACCCUCUGCAACUUACAUACGUUGGCAUUUCCAGGAACUGGGGCAAACUGGAGGAGAUCACAGACUAUACUAUUAAAAGUCCCAGCUUUGUGAUAAUGGGUACCAAAGACUAUAUCCUAAAAUUUCCAGGAAUGGAGUAUUACAUCAAUAGUGAGAUGCUCAAGUCCGAUGUCCCCAAUCUGGAGGUCCAAUUCUUGUCCGAGGGAAGUCACUUUGUUCAAGAACAAUUCCCGCAGGAAGUGAAUAAGCUUCUAAUUGGCUUCCUCAAUCAGCAGUUGCAAUGCUAAAAACAAUACAAAAUUUAACAUCCAAGCAGGGAGAACAAGUGUUUAUAGGAAUAAAAGUACACAAACUUUUAUGGUCUUCUCCUGCAACCAUGGAACUGGGAGAAGUUUAGUUUUGAGCAUGUUUUAAUACUUUUGAUUGCAUUUAUAAAAAUGUUCAUUUUGAUCA